AUGGAUCAGCAACAAGAACAAACAGCAACAUUGGGAGCAUUGAGGAAUUUAAUUGAAGCUCAACGACCUACCGGCGAUGUUAAAACCGUUACUACGUCAGAGACAACAAUUACCAUAAAACUCACUACCGUUACUGUUGCAACGUCGACAGCGACAUAUGGUAAUACUUACAUAAAUACGGACAUACAACCAGCUAAGAUAACAACAACUUCUACAGAGUCAUCGCAAGUUUCGGCACAACGGCAGCCCCCUAAAGAGAGUGUUGUGCCGGGACCAAUAAACGUAGACGAAUUAUUACGAAACAUAUCAAGCCAAAAUUACCGUACCGGACCUGAUCCCAAACCACCAGAGCUUGAAUCUAUUCCCAAACCACCGGAGCUUGAAUCCACAAGCCAUGAUAAUAAUACGAGAGAUCUAGAGAACAGUAAUAAAGAUAGGAACAAUGAAGCAGCUGACAAAGCUCAUAUUCAGGCACCCUCUCCACCAGAAUCUAAUAAAGAUAGGAACAAUGAAGCAGCUGACAAAGCUCAUAUUCAGGCACCCUCUCCGCCAGAAUCUAAUACCCCGGUUAAUGCUCAGAAUGUUGUAACAUCAUCGUCGGGUAGUUUAUCAUCUGAAAGUCGACUUGAAACACCAACCGAUGUUCCAUCAUUACCUACACGUAGACAAUCAAAUCUACCCAAUAAUUCUAACAGAAACAAGCGACGACGAACAUCCAAAACGGUAUCUAGAAAAUCUAAUGACAAUAUUAAGCCCAACUCCGAUGCUUUAAUCAGCGCUUACCACCAAUCUCUAAUACCACAAAACUUUUCUAGUCCGCAAGAGCAGCAACCGUCUCCUCAUUCUUCGCUACAUACGCCACCACAAGGACAAUAUCUUAAUAAUAGAGUAAAACAACAUAAUCUCGACGCUCAAUCGCCGACAUUAAGAAACUCUGUUCCAUCUCAAUCGCCUGUACUUAUACUACCUAGAAAUCCUGUGUUUCGAACACCAGAAAUGCACAACGAAAAAGCUGUCAUUGACGGCAGUCCAUCAAUAACGCCGAGUCCUGCCAAUCAUUGGUCUAGCUCAAUAAAUACAACAACAUUUACAAAUGCUUCCCCCUCGCCAACGCCGGUUGCUCGACCACGCCUUCCAGAUGUCAUCGAAACGAUUUCCGUGAGGGAGUUGUAUUAUGAAUGGUUCAACGGGAUUAAUGGGAAUCCAUCGAUACAGUCUUUGAUCGAGGCGUAUGGGACCAAAUGGACAAAAGAAAAUACAACGACAUUAACAAAGAGGAAAAAGAUAUUGACAGAGAUUAUGAAUAGACAGAAGGAAGUGGGACUCGAAGCCGCUAUAGAUGAGCUCGAGAAAAUGCGGAAUGGUCGAUCGUUGAGUUGGUUGGUCGAUCAGUUCGGGGUUAAACGAAAGUAA